AUGGAGUGCAAGGGUGUGAAGGCGAUCUUGGCAAUAGCAGCCAUUCUGUUCUUGCUUGUUGGGCAAAGCUCGUUAUCAAAGCGUUCAAAAUGCUAUGAUGAAUGUUACCCCAAAUGCAGGUCGCAGGAUAAUCCAGUUUGGUUGUGUAAAUACAAGUGCACUCUUGAUUGUCUCAUUCCUAUCUCUGCUGCGAAGGUUGACUCCGGGUGUAGCCUUGCGUGUGCCAAGUCCUCCUGUGGCCAACAUGAUAUUCGUCCAGAGGGAAUUGAUAUGGCGGCCUGCUUGUCUCAAUGCUCAAAGAGCUGCACCAAACUGACUGGAGAGCAUCAAGAUUUGCUUAGGGUGCUGAGAAAUGCUACAAUGAAUGAUAAGACGGUCAUACUCACUGCACUUAAUGAAGCAUGGGCCAAACCAAAUUCUGUCCUUGAUCUUUUUCUCGAGAGUUUCCACAUUGGUGAACAAACAGAGCAGCUUCUGAAUCAUUUGGUCAUCAUAGCCAUGGAUCCAAAGGCAUUUGAACGAUGCAAGUCUGUGCACGCUCAUUGUUAUUUUCUCACCACAGAAGCUGUGGAUUUUACUGCUGAGAAGAGGCACUCGAGCCAAGACUACCUCAGAAUGAAGUGGAGGCGGCUUGAAUUCCUCCGAGUUAUUCUGGAGCUGGGAUACAAUUUUCUUUUCACGGAUAUGGACGUUAUGUGGUUCAGAAAUCCUUUCUCACACUUCUCUAGCAAUGCAGAUAUUACGUUUUCUACUGACGGUUUCAAUGGGAAUCCUUCGGAUGUAAACAAUUGGCCUAAUAAUGGAUUCGUCUAUGUGAGAUCCUGUGACCAAACAAUUGAAUUUUACAAGUACUGGUGCUUUGCUAGGAGUCUGUAUCCUGGUCUUAGUGAACAAACAGUACUAAACAAAAUCAAAUAUGACAAUGUCGCCCGCAUCAAUCAACGGAUUCGAUUUCUCGACACGGCUUAUUUUGGUGGUUUUUGUCAACCUAGCAAAGACUUCAACAAGGUUUGCACGAUGCAUGCAAACUGUUGCAUCGACAUCGAUACCAAGCUCCACGACCUCAGAAUUCUUCUUGCAGAUUGGAAAAACUACACAUCUCGAACCGCAGAGGAGAGAAAACUGGGAGGAUUCUCUUGGAGAAUUCCAGAUAAAUGUAAUAUGGAGAGCCUUCAAAGAUCUACACCAGAAUACUAGUCUUUCAUUGGAUUGUAAUUUUUUGUUCCAUGUGUAA